AUGAAUAGGAUGCUCGGUAACCAGGCCCGCGGCGACGCUGCAUUGCGCCAACAUUUACCUCAACUCUCAAGGCCAGAAAAUGGACGCCCGAUAAAAAGGAAACGGAAGAGAAAAGCAUGCGAGACUUGUCGACGCAGGAAAAUAAAAUGCGAGAUUACCAACCAGUCCAAAUGCUCGUUCUGCAGCAAAGCCAACAUUCCUUGUUCUCUAGUUGAUCCUAGGCGACAUAGGCAGUUGAAGAACCUGAGUAUGAUCAAUCGCCUGGAGACAAAUAUCCAGCGCUUGGAAGCUCAUUUUCAGAAGAUAGGGAUUGACCUGGGUGAAGAUAUGAACGGGUCAUUUCUUAUCGAGGAGCUUGAGCAGUCAGAUGCAUCCUCACCGUCGAGUGCAGCUGAAAAUACGGAUCUAAUAGAUGACACGGGUGUUUGGAACUCAGAACCAAUACAAAUGGACGCUGAACAAGACCCCUCUGCUGCUACACAGAAUGCAUAUCAUACCGUGGUCAACCCAGCCCCGGACGAAGUCCACACAGUAAUACAGGAGGAUUUGCCAUGCUUCUACGUUCCAAGGUGUUUUACGGGUACACCGAAUCCCGGCUUCUCAGCCCUAUCCCCCGAAGGAAAGAAAUGGAUAGCUAAUAAAAUGGAAGGGGGGUCCGUUGACAACUUGGAAUUCCUCCUUCCAUUAGGUCUCCAGGGAGCGAAUAGAGGACUGCUUGAGGGCUUAUCCCCUGACAAGCACUUCUGCCCAUUGCCACCGAAACAUGAGAUCGCAUCGUUGGUCAAUGACUAUCUGCAACAGUACAACUCGAUGGUUCCCAUAUUCCGACCGUCGUCGCUAUUGUCACUCUGUGAUGACGACAAUUUACAUGACAUAUUCAAUUUCCCCGGCCGUUGGGCGAGCCUCAAUGUUGCUUUAGCGAUGGGGCAUAUUCUGCGCAUAGAGAAUAGCUCUGUUGUACAGAUUGACCGUCAGAAGGGCUGGUUGUUCAUGAAGAACGCCUUGGGGGUUUUGAAUGACCUCUGCUUUGGGUUGCCAGAUAUAUGGGCCGUUCAGGCGCUGUUAGGGAUGGUCAUUUUUCUAUUAGGGACAUUGAGCAGCCAGCCUUGUGGGUAUUUGAUCUCCUCCGCUGUGCGAAUAUGUCAUCAAAUUCGACUCGAACGCAGUGAGAAUGAGUCUGGAUUGUGUCCUGAAGAAGUAGAACAACGGAGGCGGAUCUUCUGGAUCGCAUACUGUCUUGACAAAGAAAUAUCCCUUCGUGCCGGUAUUCCAAUAGCACAGCGGGAUGAUGAUAUGGAUGUCUUAUUACCAACAGAAGUUCCACUGGAUAACAUAGGGGUCAUGCCAAGGACAGACCAACAAGGGACCUUCAACAUAUUCAGAUCAACCUGUGAACUGGCCUUGAUUAGGAGCCAGGUACACAAACACCUCUACUCGGUCGCAGCAGGAGAUCGGCCGCUUGUUGAAGUGGCUACCACGGUAGCGAUGUUGGACGAAAAGCUCCAGCAGUGGAAGGAUAGUAUUCCCACCGAGUUCCGACCCGAACCAAGAAGACCUUCCGCUUUUCCACAGUCCCCGAUAGCUGCGAUCCUCCUUUACCUCCAUUUAUCAUACUUCAACUGUCUGAUCGCUAUCCAUCGGGUCACCGCGGCCCGGGGGUCAAGGCUAGGUAUAGAUCUAGUCGAAAGGAACAGUAUCUACACUUUACCCAACCAAGUGAUAUUCAUGUCGGAAUCACUGUGCACAAAAGCUGCAACCGCGUCGAUUAACUUGAUCAAAUAUAUGCAGAAAUUUAAUAUCACCCUCAUAGGGUACGUGAUGACUCAGAUAAAACACGUCUGUCCUUUUUCUUCCCUGUUCUGGCUAACCUACACAAGGAUCAUGAUCUACUACCCUAUUCUAGCAUCCAAAACACUGUCCUCGACCAUCGUCCGGAAUCCACGAGACACCUCACGCAUAUAUCACAUCGGCCUUAUCAUGCAAGUGGAAAGAUUCGUGUCAUCCUUGGCCCUUGGUACACCCAACGAAGGGAUCGAGGCUCUUUUGAAGGACUGCGCCGAGUAUCGCUCGCUGGCAGAGACUGCUGUUAGGGAGGCUACACAGAUACGUUGGGUUUGA